UGAACAAGUUGUUGUCAAUCGAUUACCAAAUAAAACAUGGUGUCAGAAGCACUCGUGGAUUAAAAGUGAUUUCCGGCGUCAUUUGAUAUCGCGGAAGUGUCUAGUGAGGAGAAACCCGGUCCGAGCGGCGAAGAAAAUCAUUUGCGGAGGUGAUCGAACGAACUUGUUUGAUCCUGUCCAGCGCCAUAUUUUUCCUGUCGUCGUGCCGGAGCUGUGUGUUUUCCCAGAAGAAAUGAACGCGAAGCAGUUUACCCAAUUUAUGGGGAAGGUGCAGGAAUUGAUUGGUUCGAUUCAGAAGGCACAGGAAUCGAAGCCAGCGGUACAAGUGGCUGCAAGUGCGGGUCCAACGGCUGUGCCCCUUCCACCGUCGCUUGAACUGGAGGGAGAUAUGGAGAGGAAUUUUGAGUUCUUCGAAGAAAGCUGGAAGUUCUAUGUCAGUGCAGUUGGCAUGGACACGUGGCCGGAGGAUCGAAAUGAGCAGAAGACCAGCAUCUUGCUUUCAGUGAUCGGAAGGGACGCGCUGAAGAAGUACGCUAACUUCGAAUUGACGGACGCAGAGAAGAAAAAUCCAGGGCUGGCGUUAGCGGCGAUUAAAAGGAAAGUUGUGCGAGUGCGGAACAAGUACACAGAAAAAAAUUGUGUAAAUUUUGAAGCUUUAAUUUUGGAAGGUUGAAUAUUACCUCUUUUAUGAU